CCAAGAACAGAAAAUCCCAAGCACCGGAAACCCAAAAAAAGAACCAACUUUAUCUUGUGAAAUCUCCUUCUUGUCCGUCUGCAGCCUAUAGAAAUAUCUGAAAAUUUUGUUGGUGAAGAGAACCUGCAAAACCAAUGGCUUCGACAAGUGCCGUGACUGCUCAAAUAUUAAAUCUGCAUGAAGCCACUGGCUGGAAGAAGCCCAUCCCGUCUUCUCUCGUCCUUGGUAAUCUUAAUUUCAGUACAAAUCUAGCUGGUAAGCAGUUUUUAUCAUCGUCAGGUCGUCGAAAAUCUGGGCGUAGCUAUAAAUCUCUACGUGUAUAUGGUCUGUUUGGUGGAAAAAAGGAAAAUGGUGAGAAGGGUGAUGAUGCACCUUCCAAGGCAGGAAUUCUUGGAAACAUGCAAAACCUCUAUGAGACAGUGAAGAAAGCACAAAUGGUUGUCCAGGUUGAGGCUGUGCGUGUGCAAAAAGAACUUGCCGCAGCAGAGUUUGAUGGCUACUGUGAAGGUGAGCUGAUAAAGGCCACAUUAUCUGGAAACCAGCAACCUGUACGCAUAGAGAUUACUGAGGCAGCAAUGGAAUUGGGUCCAGAAAAGUUGUCUGAGUUAGUUAAUGAAGCAUACAAGGAUGCACACCAAAAAAGUGUCCAGGCCAUGAAGGAAAGGAUGAGUGAUCUUGCGCAAAGCUUAGGAAUGCCACAAGGUCUCGGUGAGGGAUUAAAGCAAUGAUGAUCUCUCAACUGGCACCUGGAUGAGCUAGUUUCAAUUUUGUAUACAAACCAAUGCAGAAACACUCGUUUUACACUUAUUACUAUGAAUUUGCAAAGCCAUUCAGCUUAAUAUUUGAACUGGGUAGAGCAAGACUGUUUGGAAGAUUUUAGAUUUUCGUUUUGUGAUGGUCUGAUGGAACUGAAUCCAUUUCUCUAUUCA